UGCAGAGCUCUAAAGUAGUGUGAGAGAUGAGUGUAAAGGUCGUCGUGUUGUUGUUGUUGUCUCCAGGGCGUCUCAGUCCUCCCGCGUGUCCUCUGAGAAAACACAAAACCAACCGGAAGCCUCGGACCCCGUUUAGCACGUCGCAGCUGCUGGCGCUGGAGCGGAAGUUCCGUCAGAAACAGUACCUGUCCAUCGCAGAACGGGCCGAGUUCUCCAGCUCGCUGAGCCUGACCGAGACUCAGGUGAAGAUCUGGUUCCAGAACAGACGAGCUAAAGCCAAGCGGCUCCAGGAGGCCGAACUCCAGAAGAUCAAGAUGGCCUCUAAACCGAUGCUUCCUCCCGCCUUCAGGAUUUCAUUUCCAUUCGGCGCUCACGCUCCGGCUUCAUACACGGCAUCGCCUCCGUUUCACCGACACUCGCUGAGCGUGACUCCGGUGGGACUGUACACACACAUGGGAUACAGCAUGUACCAUUUAGCUUAAAGGACGAUGCGACUUUCUCUGCAUCUUCAGCGACUCUGUUCCGACAAAAGUGGACAUGCUUUACUCUAAUGGUGGUAUUGCACACAGCCUGUACUGUCACAGAGAGUUAUGAACACAGAUUUGGUCAAAGGUAGGUCAGGUGAAAACAGUCUGUAUCUCACACUUGCAUUCGUAGCGAUGCGUUUAUGAUUCAAACUCGCGUCAGUGUUUUAAACGAUAGCAAAAAUAAA